GAAUGGCUUACAUCCUGUUGAUAUUCUCUGCAUUUGCCCAGGUUGUUUCCGUGAGCGCAUCCCCCAUCUUCAGAGAAAGCACAGAUACCUCCAAAGCGCUGCGAGUCUCCAUUCCCAGACAUCCACCGGUACGAGCUGUGCUCUCUGGCAGCCUCACCAUCCCUUGCCAUGUUACCUAUCUGCGCCCCCUGCCCACUUCCGGAACUGCAGGGCGCCAGUCUGUCCAGGGGGCGCCUCGUGUGAAAUGGUCCUUCAUCACAGAAGGGAAGGAGGCUGAAAUCCUGGUCGCUCGGGGCCUAAAAGUGAAGGUAAACGAAGCUUACCACGACCGAGUCACCCUUCCCUUCUAUCCGGGUUCGCCGACAGAUGCCACCUUGCUCUUGAGUGAACUGCGAUCCAACGAUUCCGGGGUAUACCGCUGCGAUGUGCAACAUGGGAUUGAGGAUGGCCAUGACCUUCUGGAAGUGAAGGUGAAAGGAGUUGUGUUUCUUUACCGGGAAGGCUCUUCCCGCUACACAUAUACCUUUGCCAAGGCACAGGAAGCCUGUGCCAGGAUAGAUGCUGAGAUUGCAACCCCGGAACAGCUGUAUGCUGCCUACCUCAGUGGUUAUGAACAGUGCGAUGCAGGCUGGAUUGCAGACCAAACGGUCAGAUACCCCAUACACACCCCUCGUAAAGCUUGUUAUGGGGACAUGGAUGGGUUCCCUGGAGUUCGUAACUAUGGUGUCGUGGACCCAGAAGAUAUGUACGAUGUAUAUUGCUACGCUGAAGAACUGUAUGGAGAGCUGUUUGUGGUGAGCUCUCAAGAGAAAUUCACUUGGGAAGAGGCCAAAGCGGAGUGUCAGUCUCGGGGAGCGGAGAUAGCAACGACGGGCCAGCUGUACGCAGCGUGGAAUGAGGGGCUGGACCACUGUAACCCUGGCUGGCUAGCAGACGGGAGUGUGCGCUACCCCAUCGCGACCCCACGGGAGAAGUGUGGGGGGAACAUGCCAGGGGUCAAGACUAUCUUCCUCUUCCGUAAUCAGACUGGAUUCCCUGAUCCCCAGAGCAAAUACGAUGUGUACUGUUUUGAAGAAGAUACAAGCCCUUUCUCUGACUCUCCUAUCUCUGAGGCAGAGGGCAGCAAGAUGAUUGUGACUGUGACAGAAAAGAUGGAAGAGCUGCAGCUGCUCAAAGCGGAGCAUGAGGUGGCAAAGGAAUCCAGAGGCGCCAUUUACUCCAUCCCUAUUUCACAGGACAUCCUUGAGGCUCCGCAUCCGAGCAGUGCCCCGGAAGAGGCAGCGCUUGCCCCUGAGGCCCCACCAGGGCCCAAGGCAGAUCCCGUUAGCUGUGAUGUAAGACCAGGCCAGAGAGACCAGGAAGGGGGAAAAGAGAGAGAUGGAAGUUGUGCAGAAAGACACCGGAAUGGUGAAGCACCUGAGCCUGGCUCAGAAGAGACCUUGAGUGUCGAAGAUGAUCAGAUGUUGGAUCCUGGCCUGCAGGUUGAAGAGGAAUCUGAGGAGGAGCAGAAUGUACCCAGUCCUUCAGAAGCCACCCCAGGGGAGGCCGAGCCAGACAUGGAAGAUGCAGUUAUUGGGCAUCGGUCUCAGGCAUCACCCAAAAUCUCUCCAGACCUCAGCAAGUCUAAGGACAAGAAGAAACCCCACAGCUUUAACAGCCCAUCAGAUCCUGUCCCAUCUCAGCAGAACGGAAGGGAAGGUACCACAGAAACAGGAUCUUUUGAUAACUUAGAUGUUCAUGAAGCAAGUAGUGGGGCGGGGUCUUCUGAUGGGGUACACAAAGUUCUAUCGUCAUCUACUUCUGAGAUUGUGGCUGAAGAAAAGAAUGUCCCUCUGGAACAGGUGGAUCGUAACAUCAGCUAUAGCGAUCUGGAAGAAUCUGGGCUUCCCCAUCAGCCUGAAAAUUCAGGGUUGCAUGAUACCUCUGCAACGAUCGCCACCCCAAAGUCAAGUCAGGAGGACAAACAGUCCCCUCCGACCCCACAAAGUGGGCUCAUUUCUGGACUUGUCAACACCCAUUCCCCCAGUCAUCCUGGUGAAUCGGGAGAUGCAGAAUUUUCAGGGGCUGUGCCUCUGGGGACAGCCAUACCUGUGGGGAUGACACCAACGGGCGACGCAUCAUUACCCAUGCCCCCUAAUACUGUGCCCCCCAGUCUGCAAGAAGACAUCGAGGAACACUCUGGAUCUGUAUGGCUUUCACCCACCAUUGCUACUUCCAGUCCUGAGGAGGGAACAGCCAGCUUUGACUUGGGACACCCAAUUGACAUCCAUCUUCCUUGGGAGGAGCACGAGACUGAGGAGACCACCGAGGCGUACGAUGUAAGUACUCAGAUAGAUCCAUCAGUGGAUGACUCUGAUGAGGAAACGGAAACCCCUGCGACAGCCACCGAGGCCACAGUGGACUUGAGGACUGAACGAGCAGAAGAAUAUAAUGUUCACGAGGAAGUGGCCACCUCACUUACAAAGGGCAUCUCCGCAGAUGUUUCUGGCUCAUCGUUUGUGGGCACUCCGCUGACGAAGCCCUCCUUGGCUACUGCCCACCCUCUGCCUGUCCUGCCCACUGAAAGCGCCAGCCUCGGAGCAGGUGUGAAUAUUUCAGGUGACUGUAUCCCAAACCCUUGUAUGAAUGGAGGCACCUGCAUGGAAGAAGGAGACCACUUUGUGUGUCUCUGCCUACCAGGAUAUGGAGGAGACGCUUGUCAGAUAGAUCUGGAGAAAUGCAAGCCCGGCUGGGACAGCUUCCAAGGCUUUUGCUACAAGCACUUCCCUACCCGGCGGAGCUGGGAAGACGCUGAGACCCAGUGCAGGAGCCACGGAGGGCACCUGGCUAAUAUCAUGACCCCUGAAGAACAGAGUUUCAUCAACGAUCAAUACAAGGAGUACCAAUGGAUCGGCCUGAAUGACCGGACAAUUGAAGGGGAUUUUCAGUGGUCGGAUGGCAGCCCUGUGCUUUAUGAGAACUGGCAUCCUGGGCAGCCCGACAGCUAUUUCCUCUCUGGAGAGAACUGUGUGGUGAUUGUGUGGCAUGACGAGGGGAAGUGGAGCGACGUGCCAUGCAACUACCACCUGUCGUACACCUGCAAAAUGGGACUGGUGUCUUGCAGCUCACCCCCAGAGGUGGCGAACUCCCAAAUAUUCGGCAAACCAAAGCAACGUUAUGAAAUCAAUUCCGUCAUCCGGUAUUCGUGCCAAGAAGGGUUCACCCAACACCACUCCCCUGUCAUCAGGUGCCAAGAGGAUGGCCGGUGGGAACAGCCACAGUUCACCUGCAUCCCAAGGAUACGCCAGUUCCAGGAAUGAAGAGCUAUCUUAGACUGUCCAUCA